UCAAAACACGGAAAUACAGAAAGCAACUGUAAGCGUCAUGCUGUUAUUGGUGUUGUGCGCUGAUAUAUUGUGAUGUCGUUAUAUCGUCCGUUUCAUUUAAUAAUAUGCUUUAUGCAUAAAUAACCUCCGUUUUGUGACAUAGAAUAAUGCGGAAGUCUGCCACAGUUGGGUUUUUGAUGAUUCGCCGGAUUUAAUAUGUACAGUGGACUUCUGCCGCCGGGUCUCACUGAGGCUGACCUGAGCUCUGAUGAUGCUGAUGAAGAAGUAACACCAGAAAAUAGACAAGGAGAGACAGACGAGCACCCCUUAUGUCAGUCAGGCACAGAGCAACAUUUUGUUUGUGUACAGGUUGAAUGUAAUAAGUCAAAAACUGAAUUGCACAAUUAUGAUGCCUCUGGGGAUGAUUGUCUUCCUGGAGUUUCCUUGGAUAAGUGGCAAAAGUUCAAAGAUCUCCAAAAAGCAAAAGAUGAACAGAGAAUGAAGCAACCACAAACAAAACGGCAAAGGAAAAGGCGCCACAGGAAAGGUGGGACACAGAAUUGCGACACUGAGCAGAAAAGGGAGCCUGAAGAGAAACAGGAGGAGCACUGGAAGGAGCUAACGCAGUAUUUUGGCAUCAAUGAUAGACUCAAGCCUCCUCCUUGUAGCAGACCUCCUCUCAUGUCAGGCCUGGAAAAGAGCAUAGAGAGUGCCAUCGCUGAAGGGGACUAUGGGAAGGCGGAAGAACUGAGUGACAGACUUGCUACUCGAGAGCUGGCCGUGAAAAUCGCACAAGCCGCCGAUUGCCGUGACUUCGCUAGCACCAAACAGGAAGCGGAGGCUUCCCGGGCAGCCCAAAAAAGGAGGAAGCAAAUCGCUUGGGGGUUUGAAGCAAAGAAAAGAUGGGAAACCAAAAGCAAUAUGGGAUUCAUGUGACAUUCACAGUUUUUUAAAAAGAUGAGUAAAGAUUUGGCAUGUUGAUAAUUGUUUAUAGAGGUAAUCUUUUCAUAAUACAUUAUUAUUGCACUCAAAUUCCCUUAUUUGUCAUUUAACAUUUUAUUUUUUCUCUGAAUUAGUUUUUUGGUCAUUCAUUCAGAUUUGUGGGUCAUUUUUAUAUAGCUAAAUAAAUUCUAUAAGCACACCA